AUGUCAAGUGCCUUGGGAAGAAACCAAUGAGAAGGGGAGCUACAGUAAGCAGAAAUAAAGUAAGAUACGUCAAGGCAACAGAGGAGUAAAUAUUCAGAGAUAGCCAAGAUUAUGUUUCUGUAUGCAGUACUACUGCUACGCACAUUUGUAGGUAAUUGACGCUUAACUGAUAAUGAUGCAUAAAAAAAUGAUAUUAUGUUUUACGUUUCAUUUUCUUUUCAUUAACAUAUGCAUUACAACUACAAUUUUUUUAUACAGAUGACAGUUUUGGGAAUGCUAUUGCUCAUUUAAGAAAUGAAGUGCAUGUCUUGGAGGGAACCACUGUCACCGUGUCCUACAACUGCUCCUCGACUUCUGUAAUUGGAAAUAGAUUCAACUGGUAUCGUCAAACCAGUGCUGGGAAAAUGCCAAUAUUCCUUCUAUGGAUGAUAGAUACAGACUUCCAAGAGAAUUGGUAGCCUGCUAUUCUGUUAGGUUAAAUUGAUACAGAAUAAAUACUCUGCUCUGUACUGCUGUGCCAUGAAGACCACAGUGACAGGAAACUUAGAAACCUGUCAAGAACCAUGGGAGGAAACAGACAUCCUGUAUGAAAUACAUACAUAACAUACCUACUGUAUGUUAAGGGGAGGGACUUAUAGUAGAGGAGGGGUUGAACAGCAGUAUAGAAACAUGAAAACAGGAGGAAACUUUCAGAGACUGCUAAGAUCUUUCUGUCAGUUUGUGUCUGUUCAUCUAAGAUGGUGUUGCUGUAUUCAGUGUUGUUCCUGACCAUAUUUAUUUGUAGCCACUAAAAUACAAUACAAUGCAUUGCCAUAUUUGUCCAUUUGAAAUGAAUUAAUUUUCAAAUACAUUUUCAUGAACAAUUAACUGUAUGUGUAUUAAAACCAUUCUCUAUGCAGGUGUCAGUUGUGACGACCUCACUCCACUCAAGAAAGGAGAGUUCUGUUUAGAGGGAACCCUUGCUACCCUGUCUUACAACUACUCCAGAACAGCUACUGGUGGAGAUAAAGUCUAUUGGUAUCACCAAGACACAGCACAAAGGCCAGAGUUCCUCCUGUACACCUCAGGUUCAGAGUUUAUAAAGAAAGCAUAUCCUCUGAACACUGCGAAACUCAAUGAAGAGAAAAAACAUUUGGAUCUUGAGAUCUCCUCUACUGAAGUGACAGACUCUGCUCUGUAGUACUGUGCUGUGAGGCCCAAAGUGACAGGAAACCUACACACUGUCACGACUUCCGCCGAGGCUGCCCCCCCCCCUCCUGGUUUGGGCAGGCUUCGGCGUUCGUCGUCACCGGAGUACUAGCUACUGCCGAUCCCAUUCUCAUCACUCCACUUGUCAUGUCUUGUUUAUCACACACACCUGGUGCUCAUUCCCCUAAUUAGUAUGUAUAUAAGUGUUCCCUCUGUUCCUCUUGUCUUUGUGAGUGAUUGUUUUGUUGUGAGAGCGUGUAGCUCCGUUGAGCUACAUUUCACUGUGUUAUUUGCCAAGGUGGAUGUUUUCCCUUGUACAGUUUGGUUUGACGCUUGGGGGCGUUGAUUUAUGCAAAUGAAUUAAACUCUGGACUUCGGUAUUUUACCUCCUGCGCCUGACUCCUUCUUUCACACCUCGGCACAGAAUCACUCACCUGAUCUGAUAUGGAGUCAGCAGGAGAAAACCGCAUGCCUGGAGUUGUGGCAAAGGGUCCAGGAGCAUUCCUCGAUGUUGGCCAGCUUGGGGGAAGCGAUGGAUCGGGUUCUUCAGGUGGUAGAACGCCUGGAGAGGAGAGGAUCCGAACUAUCGAAACCAGGUGGUCAACCGGAUCCAGCCACCUACACCCCAGCCCCUGGAUGGUUCCAGAUAUCCCGGCCACCGGCGUUUGACGGGACUGCAGCGUGAUGUAAGGGAUUCCUACUCCAACUGGAGUUGUAUUUCUCCUGCAUCAGGCCAGAGCGCCCGGGAGCGGGAGAAGGUAUCCGUCCUCGUUUCCUGCCUUUGUGGGAGAGCCCUGGAGUGGGCCAACACGGUAUGGAACGAGGGAGAUACCUUGUUUUUGAUCACCCGCCUGAGGGUCGAGAGGCGGGCGAACGACUGGUUCAUCUAAGGCAGGGGACGAGGACCGCUCAGGACUACGCGCUGGAGUUCCGGACGCUGGCAGCGGGGUCCCGGUGGAACGAGCGGGCCCUGAUAGACCAUUUCCGGUGCCACCUUAGGGAGGACGUCCGACGGGAGCUAGCCUGCCGGAAUGCCAUACUAUCGUUCUCCCAACUGGUGGACAUGGCCAUCCGGCUGGACAAUAUGCUAGCAGCCAGAGGACGUCCUGGUAGGGGUCUGCCCGUUCCCACUCCGAACGAAUCUGACCCCGAGCAGAUGGAGAUGGGGGGAGCCGCCGGUUGAGAGAGCGCAGGAGAACAGCGACAGUGCCACUCUGGUGGCACGAAGGGACAAUCCACCUCACGUCGCAGUCAACAUUCUUUUGGGUCUGGAGGCGGUAGGCAGGGUACUCACGCAUCACCCCAGGUAACGAACACCCAAACGUGUUCAGAGCCCUUUGCGGCGCACUGUACUUUAUCUAUCUCCUUUCCAGAUCACUUGGAAGGUUCCCAGUGUAAGGCACUAGUCGAUUCAGGCGCAGCUGGGAAUUUUAUGGACAGGGCAUUUGCACACCAUCAAGGUAUUUCAUUGGUUCCCCUAACCAUUCCACUCCCCAUCAGAGCACUAGAUAGUCGACCAUCAGGGUCCGGGUUGGUUAAGGAAGUUACUGUACCAGUCACCAUGAUUAAGCAGGAGACACAAGUUGAGCAGAUCACCUUUAUGACUAUUGAGUCUCCUGUUUACCCUGUAGUCUUGGGUAUCCGUGGUUAGCCCUUCACAACCCCAAUUUCUCAUGGCCGCAGAGGGUUCUGACGGGGUGGUCGCGUGAGUGUCCGGCGUGAGUGUCCGGUCUAGGUGUUUCCGUUGGUGCGACCACGGUGGAAAGUCCAGACGGUACCCCCACUGUGCGCAUUCCCCCCGAAUACCAUGAUCUGGCGCUCGCGUUUUCCAAAACGCAAGCAAAUAAAUUACCACCUCAUCGGGAGGGGGAUUGCGCGAUAAACCUUUGGGUAGACGCAGUACCUCCCAGGAGUCAUGUGUAUCCCCUGUCGCAGGCUGAAACGGAGGCUAUGGAAAUAUACGUCACCGAGUCCCUACGCCAUGGGUAUAUACGUCCCUCCACUUCACCUGCCUCCUCGAGUUUCUUCUUUGUGAAGAAGAAAGAUGGCGGUUUACGUCCGUGCAUUGAUUAUCGACCACUGAAUAAUGUGACGGUACAAUUUAGUUAUCCUCUUCCCCUCAUUCCUUCAGUGAUUGAGUCAAUGCAUGGGGCCCGUUUUUUCACCAAAUUAGACUUCAGGAGUGCCUACAACCUGGUGCAUAUUCGGGAAGGGGAUGAGUGGAAAAGAGCAUUCAGCAUAACCUCAGGGCAUUAUGAAUACAUUUUACAUUUACAAUUACGUCAUUUAGCAGACGCUCUUAUCCAGAGUGACUUACAAAUUGGUGAAUUCACCUUAUAGCCAGUGGGAUAACCACUUUACAAUAUACUUUUUUUGGGGGGUGGGGUAAGGGGGGGUAGAAGGAUUACUUUAUCCUAUCCCAGGUAUUCCUUAAAGAGGUGGGGUUUCAAGUGUCUCCGGAAGGUGGUGAGUGACUCCGCUGUCCUGGCGUCGUGAGGGAGCUUGUUCCACCAUUGGGGUGCCAGAGCAGCGAACAGUUUUUACUGGGCUGAGUGGGAACUGUGCUUCCGCAGAGGAAGGGGGGCCAGCAGGCCAGAGGUGGAUGAACGCAAUGCCCUCGUUUGGGUGUAGGGACUGAUCAGAGCCUGAAGGUAAGGAGGUGCCGUUCCCCUCACAGCUCCGUAGGCAAGCACCAUGGUCUUGUAGCAGAUGCGAGCUGUGCGGAGGAGCGGGAUGACGUGAGAGAACUUGGGAAGGUUGAACACCAGAAGGGCUGCGGCAUUCUGGAUGAGUUGUAGGGGUUUAAUGGCACAGGCAGGGAGCCCAGCCAACAGCGAGUUGCAGUAAUCCAGACGGGAGAUGACAAGUGCCUGGAUUAGGACCUGUGCCGCUUCCUGUGUAAGGCAGGGUCGUACUCUCCGAAUGUUGUAGAGCAUGAACCUACAGGAUCGGGUCACCGCCUUGAUGUUAGCGGAGAACGACAGGGUGUUGUCCAGGGUCACGCCAAGGCUCUUUGCAGUCUGGGAGGAGGACACAACGGAGUUGUCAACCGUGGUGAUGCCCUGGUGAUGCCCUAUGGUUUGAUGAAUGCUCCAUCCGUUUCCAGUCCUUUGUGAACGAGGUGUUUCGGGACAUGCUUGGUCGUGGUGUGGUGGUCUACAUCGAUGACAUAAAAAAAAAAUUAUAAUCCUGGUGUAUUCCGCUACGCGUGCCGAGCAUGUGUCCCUGGUUCGCAAAGUACUGGUCCGACUGCUGGAAAAUGACCUUCAUGCAAAGGCAGAGAAGUGUACGUUAUUCCAGCAGUCAAUCUCCUUCUUUGGAUAUCGCAUUACCACCACAGGUGUGGAGAUGGAGGGAGACCGCAUUGCAGCCUUGCGUAAUUGGCCGACUCCAACCACGGUAAAGGAGGUGCAGCGCUUCCUUGGCUUUGCCAACUACUAUCAAAGGUUUAUUUGGGGUUUUGGCAAGGUCGCAGCUCCCAUUACCUCCUUGUUGAAGGGUGGGCCGUCCCAGCUUCGCUGGUCUGCUGAGGCUGAUUUGGCAUUCAGUAGAUUGCGGGGUCUGUUCACCUCAGCCCCGGUACUGGCUCACCCCGAACCAUCAUUACCGUUUGUAGUUGAGAUGGAUGCGUCCGAGGUAGGGAUAGGAGCUGUCUUAUCCCAACGCUCGGGAACGCCACCCAAGCUCCGCCCCUGUGCCUUCUUUUCUAAGAAGCUCAGCUCGGCGGAGCAGAACUACGGCGUUGGUGAUCGGGAGCUGUUGGCUGUUGUCCGAGCUUGGAGACAUUGGCUCGAAGGGGCGAAACACCCUUUCCUCGUCUGGACAGACCACCGUAACCUGGAGUACAUUCGGGCAGCGAGGAGGCUGACUCCUCGCCAGGCCAGGUGGACCCUCUUCUUCACCCGGUUUGAUUUCACACUCUCAUACAUUCCGGGUACGAAGAACGUGAAGGCAGACCCACUGUCUCGGCUGUAUGACACAGAGGAGAGGCCCAGAGACAACACCCCAUACUCCCGGCCUCAUGCAUUGUGGUGCCGGUAGUAUGGGCGAUGGACACAGAUAUAGCGCAGGCAUUACGCACAGAUUCAUCUCCACCACAAUGUCCAGCUGGGCUGCAGCACAUGCCUGCGCUUAUCCGUGAUCGUCUGAUCUACUGGGCACACACGUCACCCUCCUCUGGUCAUCCAGGUAUCGGUCGUACAAUGCGCUGCCUGACCAAGAAGUACUGGUGGCCUACCUUGGCUAAGGACGUGAGGGUGUAUGUUUCCUCAUGCUCAGUGUGCUCCCAGAGUAAGGCACCUAGGCACCUCCCAGCGGGUAAGCUACAACCUUUACCAGUUCCACAACGACCAUGGUCUCACCUGAGUAUUGAUUUUAUCACUGAUCUUCCCCACUCCCAAGGUAACACCACGAUCCUGGUCGUUGUAGACCGCUUUCAAAGUCCUGUCGCCUCCUUCCUCUGCCAGGUCUCCCCACGGCCAUACAAACUACGGAGGCUCUGUUUACUCACGUCUUCCGGCACUAAGGGGUACCAGAGGAUAUAGUGUCCGACCGAGGUCCCCAGUUCACGUCUAGAGUCUGGAAGGUGUUGAUGGAACGUCUGGGCGUCUCGGUCAGCCUGACCUUUGGUUUUCACCCUGAGUGCAAUGGGCAGGUGGAAAGGGUGAAUCAAGAUGUGGGUAGGUUCCUGCGGACAUACUGUCAGGACCGGCCGGGGGAGUGGUCGGUGUUCCUGCCAUGGGCAGAAUAUGCUCAUAACUCUCUCCGCCACUCCUCCACUAAUCUAACACCCUUCCAAUGUGUUUUGGGGUACCAACCGGUCCUGGCACCGUGGCACCAGAGCCAGACCGAGGCUCCCGCGGUGGAUGACUGGUUUCGGCACGCGGAGGAGACUUGGGACGCUGCCCACGUUCGCCUCCAGUGCGGCGUGUGUCGUCAGAAGGCCAACGCUGACUGCCACCGCAGGGAGGCCCCGGUGUUCGUACCAGGGGAUCGGGUCUGGCUCUCGAACCGGAAUCUACCCCUCCGCCUGCCCUGCCGGAAGCUGAACCAGGGGUUUGUGGGGCCGUUUAAAGUCCUGAGGAGAAUAAACGAGGUGACAUACAGGUUGUUACUCCCCCCCGAUUACCGUAUUGACCCCUGGUUUCAUGUGUCUCUCCUCAGGCCGGUGGUAGCUGGUUCGCUCCAGGAGUCUGAGGUACGGGAGGUUCCUCCACCUCCUCUGGACAUUGAGGGGGCCCCGGCAUACUCGGUCCGUUCCAUCCUGGAUUCGAGGCGUCGGGUGGGGGGCCUUCAGUAUCUCGUGGAGUGGGAGGGGUACGGUCCGGUGGAUCGGUGCUGGGUCCCAAGGCGGGAUAUCCUCGAUCCCUCCCUGUUGAGGGAUUUCCACCGUCGCCAUCCAACUUGCCCUGCUCCGCGUCCUCCUGGUCGUCCCCGAGGCCGGGGUCGAUGCACUGCUGGAGCCGUGCGUCGGGGGGGGGGGGGGGGGGGGGGAUACUGUCACAACUUCCACCGAGGCUGCCCCCCUUCUGGCUUCGGCGUUCGUCACCGGAGUACUAGCUACUGCCGAUCCCAUUCUCAUCACUCCACUUGUCAUGUCUUGUCAAUCACACACACCUGGUGCUCAUUCCCCUAAUUAGUAUGUGUAUAAGUGUUCCCUCUGUUCCUCUUGUCUUUCUGAGUGAUUGUUUUGUUGUGAGAGCAUGUAGCUCGGUUGAGCUACAUUUCACUGUGUUAUUUGCCAAGGUGGAUGUUUUCCCUUGUACAGUUUCGUUUGACGCUUGGGGGUGUUUGAUUUAUGCAAACGGAUUAAACUCUGGACUUCGGUAUUUUACCUCCUGCGCCUGACUCCUUCUUUCACACCUCGUCACACACACACUGUACAUAAACCUCAGCUGGGACCACAUCAGCAGGAAUUUAUCCAGUUUCUUUAUGAACUUGUGUCUAACCCUUACUUUUUAGCAAAUUAUGUUAAUGUCUCCUGUAAAUAGAGCUUAUGACUCAAAUGUUUCACCUGUCCUUAAUUUGAUAUGCAUGUUCCUAUUCUGCUACAGUCAGGCCUUUUAACCACAUCAUAUACAUACCGUAUACAUAUAUUAUUUGACAUAAUUUUUCUCAAAAUUGACCUGCUCAGUGGUUUGGUCCUCUGGUGGUAAAUCCAUGUACUGCACUCUUUAGAGGAGCAUACCUGAAGCCAACUGACUGGUAAUGGACCAGACAAACACAAAGUUUUGGUCUGGGUCACUAGAUAGAAAAAGUAAUUAAAGUUUGCACAUGUAUAAUAAUUCAUUAUUCACGUAAAGAUUUUGUGUCUUUAUUCUCAAAACCUCCUCAACUUUUUUAGGUCAGCAAAGUGUGAGUAAAAAGGGUUUUCUUUACAUAUACCCACAAACAGCUGUUUCUGCAGCUCCUGGCUGAUCUUCAGGUGAGGUACCUUCUUACCCUACAUGUGCUGCCCACUACACCUUCUGAAGGACAGAUUAAUCAGGCCUAAGUGAGCCAGGUGGCUCGUCCACUCCUUCUCACUCUUCAGCCACAACCACUGAGAUGUUCUCUCUGGCUCAUGAUCAGUUAUAUGACAGAUCUACUUUGUCUGUGCUCCUCCUACAGACUGCCCUCCACAGUUAUGAAGUCCAGUGAAAAGGUUUGUCUAUGUAUAAUAAUGAUACAAUAGUUAUAUCUAGUGUUCAACAUUCUGCCCAACAAGGUGAACUUUGACAUUGCUUGUAUUAUCAAGGGUAAGUUACUAGUGAGAGUCAAAAGGUGUCAGUGGAGUCUCAUCAAUUUGCUCCUAUUCAUUUAAAUGAUGCAUGCAGCAUGUCAACACUUCACAUGUUUCUGGGUUGUAUAAUUUCCCACACCAAACAGAAUAUAUAUUCAUUAUGUUUUAACCCUUUCUUGUCACAAUUGCAUAUUCGGUUUGUGCUUGUCACGGAUUCAGCCGAGGCUGCCCCUCCUCCUUGCCUGGGCAGGCUUCGGCGUUGGUCGUCGCCGGAGUACUAGCUGCUACCGAUCGAUGUUUCUGUGUUCUACUUGUUUUGUCUUGAUUGUUCACACCUGGUUCCCAUUAUGUAUUGAUUUCUUCCCUAUUUAACCCUCUGGCUCCCACUGUGUUUUGUGCGUGUUUGUUCAUGUUUGGUUGUCGUCUGGUGAGGGGGUUUGUUCCUCCCUGCGUGGAGGUUAUGUUAUUUACGUUACCUACGAGUAAAGUACGUUUUCGAUUAGCUCUGUGUCCUGCGCCUGACUUCGUCCUAACGCAUCACACUGACCUCCUGACAGUGCUUCUUGUAUUAAUAAUUUGCAUUUAUUUUAUGUGAACAGACUGUGGUUUUCCAAAGUGCAUACAGGCAGAGUCAACUGUAUUAAUUACUAAAUUAUGUAGAACAAUAUAUAAUAUAGGGCUUACAAAACAAUUUAAUGUAUUCCCUUGAGGCAUUUACUUUAAAUGGUGAAGCAGUGCAUCAGACACAUGCAACAACACACAGACACUUCAAUAAAAUCUAGUCCAAUUCUAACCCUAGCUUCUUGUCCACCUACUGAAUUGAUCGUAACCCUAGUAUUAACCCCAGCCCUGACUUCAGUUGGCACAAAUAAUGAAACACAUUAGGAGAAGCAGGAUUAUGAGGCAGGCAGUUUUAUACUUUAUUAACUCCAGGCAGGAGUGAGAGGUUUAUUUUAUGGACAAAAUUGAGAGACAACAACAAAUGCGUAAUAGGCUACAUGGUGAUGCCAUUGACCAUCAUUAACGUUAAUGUGCACUGUGAUGACAGGAAUGAUGAUCAUGGUUGCAUCACGUGUAAAUCAUUGGUAUCAAUCAUAAAACCAAUCGUCAGUUGACUUGACUACUGUUUUAAAUGCAUGGUAAAGAUAACUCUUUGUGACAUUGGUCAGCAUAACCCAGGUCUAUAUUGGACUGGUUCAUAGGCUACUGUGUUCUGGACCUUAAUUUCAGAUUUUGUUAUAAACCCUCACUGGAUUUUAUUUUAUUUGUCAGAUGAGCUCAAUUUGGCCUGAACAAAACAUAUAUUUCUCCAAGGCCCAUAACAACUGCCAAAUUAGAAUGUUCAAAGGACUUGGAGAAGAAGAUAACAUUCUACAACAGUCUAUUCUUCCUCUAUACAUGAAUCAUAAUGGAACAUUGGCUUAGGAAUACUGUACUUAUCCUGGCUGCAUGCUAUUUUGGUACGGUAUAGUGAUUCUCUUUUCUACAUUCUCAUUCUCUGUUUUUAAAUACAUAAUAGGCUAAGAUUCAAUGUAUUUUUAUUUCUUUCAGAUUGCAAAGGUGAAGAGUCUGUUGACUAACAGAGUGGACAUGUUACUGCCCUUGAAGGAGGACUGGUAACACUCAGCUGUAACUACACUAGCAGUAGUACAUCUCCUGAUCUCUUCUGGUACAUCCAGUUAACUAGGGACUCUCCUCAGUAUGUCCUGAGAAGAGAUUGUUAUUCAGAAGGGAGCAAUAGCGAUGAGUUCAAGAAAAGGUUUGAUUCCAGGCUGAAUUUCACAUCUAGCUCUGUCCCCUUGACGAUCCAGAGGUUGCAGCCGUCUGACUCUCCUUUGUACUACUGUGCUCUGAGGUCCACUGUGACAACAGAAGAUUCAGUCACUGCACAAAAAAUCAGGGUAGAGUGUUGUUCAGACAAUGUCACAAGCUUCUCAAUGUUUGAUGAUACACAGAAAGAGGAGGAGACAAGGAGUUCAUAGUCUCAUCUUGGUCUAGUUACAUCAGAGUGGUAUUACUCUUCUCCCACUGAUCUCACAGUAGCAGGUAUGGAACCCUGGCUGAGGAAUAUACUGAUUCUUGCUGCAUGUUGUUAUGGUAUGAUAUUAUGUACCUGAUUUGUUUACUGCCUUUGCUCCAAUCCGUUAUUUAUUUUUCAGUACAAUACUACCAGUAUUAAUUUAAUACUAAAAUUGAUAUUUUUGGCCAUCAAGGAAAAUGCUAUGUCUGGCGCAAACCCAACACCUCUCAUCACCCCGAGAACACCAGCCCCACAGUGAAGCAUGGUGGUGGCAGCAUCAUGAUGUGGGGAUGUUUUUCAUCGGCAGGGACUGGGAAACUGGUCAGAAUUGAAGGAAUGAUGGAUGGCGCUAAAUACAGGGAAAUGCUUGAGGGAAACCUCUUUCAGUCUUCCAGAGAUUUGAGACUGGGACGGAGGUUCACCUUCCAGCAGGACAAUGACCCUAAGCAUACUGCUAAAGCAACACUCGAGUGGUUUAAGGGGAAACAUUUAAAUGUCUUGGAAUGGCCUAGUUAAAGCCCAGACCUCAAUCCAAUUGAGAAUCUGUGGUAUGACUUAAAGAUUGCUGUACACCAGCGGAACCCAUUCCACUUGAAGGAGCUGGAGCAGUUUUGCCUUGAAGAAUGGGCAAAAGUCCCAGUGGCUAGAUGUGCCAAGCUUAUAGAGACAUACCCCAAUAUACUUGCAGCUGUAAUUACUGCAAAAGGUGGCUCUACAAAGUAUUGACUUUGAGGGGGGUGAAUAGUACUUUCGCAAGCCACUGUAACCUCAGCUACAAUAUAAUGGUUCUCUACACAGUUGUUUUAGUUUCUUCAUUCACAGGUUAGUAAAUUACUGUAUUCCUGUCAUUCUUUUAACUAGAUUAUUUUGGCUAAUAUAUACUUUAUCAGUGCUAUUGGAUUUUAGAGUAAAUACGAAGCUCUUCCCUCAUUUCAUAUACAUCUGUCUUGUCAUUUAUCUACCACCUCUUCACAUUUGUAGGUGUCAGUUUUCAACAAACCAUCACCAUGCUUUCAAAGUAGUGUCAUGUAUUCUGUUUUGAAAGUUACAACAAUACAUUUUUAUUUCAAUUUAGAAAUGAAUCAAUGUAUAGCUCUUCACAUUUGCAGGUGACACCUAUGAGCAGAGUAUCGAGCCAAACCAACAUGAAGUGUAUGGAGAGGAGGGUCGUAAUGUUCAGCUUUCCUGCAACCACUCCUCAGCAUACAGUGUACUGUGGUAUAAACAGUAUCCAGGAUCAGCUCCACAAUUCCUACUCUUCAUCUGCCAUGCCUCUAGGACUGUAGUGAGAGCUAAACCUCCAUACCCUCACCUCACUGUUAAACUGAACAAAAAGAAGACCUGUGCAGAUCGGGAGAUCUCCUCUGCUGAAGUGAGAUACUCUGCUCUGUACAACUAUGCUGUGAUGCCCACAGGGACACAUAACUCACUGAUUCAGCACUCAGCAGAAUACAGACCUGUCACC